UCACUGUUCCCGCUGUUAGAAAGCUUUUAUUUUGAAAUCCUUCCCCUGAGUACUACUUCCUGGGUCAAAUACAGAGCGAAAUCAAAACACCAGCGCGUGAGUGAGUGUAAUCCGGUUCAUUCAUAAACUCUGUGCGUCUUUACCAACCUGCUGAUUUCUCUGUAUUCACGUUUGAUGUUGAAGUGCGUCUCUAGUUGUCAUCAGUACGGUUAAUCGAUCAGUGUUUUAAAGAACGGGUUCAACGGGUUCGGUUGUGGCUGUCACUCAGUGACAUGACCUCACGAAGAGUAGAUGAUACAUAGAAGAGAAUAAGAUCCUGAAUGAUUUACCUAGCAGGAGAAAAACUUUUUAAAGUAAAGUACAAAACCAGUUUAUCUGAGGUUUUUGAUCGGUUAUUUCUUUUUAUUCUGACUAUAAUCUUCAGUCAAAGUACAAAUAAAACGAUAAAAAUGUGACCUUUUUUAUCUGAGUAAAGGUCAUGGCCGAGGAGAAACCGUGGGCUCUGUUCUCAGAGGUGGGCGAGCAGGGUUACCUGGAAGAAGUCACUGAUAUAAUGAAACAGCAUUUCCACAUCGUCUGCCACAGAGACUUUUCACAGAACCCUCAGCUGUACAGUGAGAAAAUCCAGGCCAUGUUCGUGUGGAACGCUCAACCUGCAGCCGAGCCUUCGCUGCUCACCUCUCUGCCCUCGCUGAAGGUGGUGGCCAACGGAGGAGUGGGCAUCGACCACCUGGAUGUGCCGUACAUCUCCAGCCUCGGGGUGAAGGUGACCAACACGCCCGGCGUCGUGAGCGAUGCCACCGCGGACAUGGCCAUGGCUCUGCUGCUGGCCUCGGCACGGAGGGUUGUUGAAGGUCACCAAUUAGCCGUUGACCCCAAGACGACCCAUUUACCACUAUGCCUGAUGGGAUUUGAAGUCACAGGGGCCACUCUGGGGAUCAUUGGAAUGGGAGACAUCGGACACAAAAUAGCUCGGAGGAGCAAAGGAUUUGAUAUGAAGAUCUUGUAUCACAACAGGAACAGAAGGAGCGUUGAGGAGGAGCGAGCGGUGGGAGCGAGUUACUGUCAGAACAUGGACGACCUUCUGAAGGAGUCGGACUUUGUGACGCUGGCGGUCAACCUGACCCCUGAGACCACCGGGCUGAUCAGCCACAGAGAGCUGUCCCUCAUGAAACCCACAGCGACGCUGGUCAACAUCAGCAGGGGUCUGGUUGUGGACCAGGACGCUUUGGUGAAAGCUCUGCAGUGUGGGACGAUCAGAGCUGCCGCGUUAGACGUGACUCAUCCUGAACCUCUACCAAGGGAUCAUCCUCUACUCACUCUUCCUAACGUGCUGAUCACGCCACACGUCGGCACCAACACUUACGCCACAACCAGACGGAUGGUGGAGAAGAUGGUAGAAAGCGCUCUGGCUGCAGUGAAAGGACAACCCGUCCCCAAUGAAGUCAGGCCGAAAUGAAAGUACAUCAUUUGUCUGAGUGAUGAAGCACUGAAUUGUUGGUAUUAGUGUCUCGACCAAGGAAAAGUCAUGAAAAGUUAUUUUAGAUUCAGACAACUUUAUGGAUCCCAAGAAGAGCAAUUCAACAACAUCCAAUAUGAGACGUGUCAAAAAUAACAGGUCAACAAACAGAGGUCGGUGAAGGACGUCAAGAUGAAGAUUAAGGAGGUCAAAUAAAUAAGCAAUAAAAGACAAUAAUUAGAUGAUAAAUAGACAUUUGUUACACGUGUUAUGUAAAAAGCAUAAAAGACGUCAUUUAAAAUGACUACUACUAAAUUUUGUUCCCCUUAAAUUAGUUUUUACCUGUCGAGUUUUAAGUCUUAUUUUUUAAUGAUUUGCCACAAUAACUGUGAUGACCAGGUCAUUAAAAUAAUUGAUGUAUUUUUUCUUUGUGUUGGAUAUAAACUAACAUCUGUCCAUUAUCUUUAAGGGCUGUUGGGAGUCCUUUAGCCAUAUGUACUGACAUGAAGAUUUUAAUGUUUUAUGUUGUAGAUAGCUUCAUUCAUAUGUAAAGUUUAUGUGUUAACUGUAACACAAAAAAAUAAUAAAGCUGCCUGAAAUCUUGAACAUGGCACAUUUAGACUUA